AUGACUGAGGCAGAGGAUGAACCAAAAAAAGAAUAUCCAAUGGAGUCUGAGAAGUUGGGUGGUUCUGAUGAUGCUCCAGAAAAAAGAAAGAGAAUGAGAAGGAGACAAUUGACCGUGAAUGUACCAUUGGUUGAGGCACUAGAGCAAAUCCCAGGAUAUGCCAAAUUCAUGAAGAAUCUGGUAACAAAGAAGUGGGAAGCAAGCUAUGAACUGGUGGAUAAUAUCCACCAUUGUAGUGCCAUUUAUAAACAAUCUUUAGUACAGAAGAUGGCUGACCCUGGAGCAUUCACUAUUCUAUGUGCAAUCGGGUCUCUAAAUUUUCCUAAGGCCCUAUGUGAUCUAGGGACCAGUAUAAACCUAAUGCCACUCGUUGUGUACAAAAAAAUAUGUGUGGGGGAUCCAACCCCAAUGAAUAUACGAUUGGUGAUAGAGGAUAGGUCUGUAAAGUGGCUCGUAGGAAUAUUACAUGAUGUAUUGGUAAAGGUUGCUGACUUUAUACUGCCUGCUAAUUUUGUAGUCCUAGACUGUGAGAUGGACUUUAUAGUUCCCAUCAUCCUGGGUAGACCAUUCCUUGCAACUGGGAGAGUGAUAGUGGACAUAGAGAUAAAUGAGCUGAAGUUCAAGCUAAAUGACAAAGAAGCAAGAUUCACAAUCUCAUCCAUGACACAGAAAAAGAACAUUAGUGUUUUGUUAAUCAUGGAUGUAUUCUAUGAAUAUGGUAAAAAGGUAUCAGCAGGUUGUCUUGGCAAAGUCUGA